UCACUAAACUAGCGCACAGUUUGACUGAGAAAAGGUUUUCCGAGGAGAGAAGAAGCUAAUAUGUAGUUCGGGGGUUAUACUGGGAAGCGUGGUGGAAGAAAAUGAUUGGAAUAAGCCGAUGGGUCUUUGUGUUGGUGGGGCAUCUCUUUAUGCUCUCCCUGGCUCACCGUCAGGAAAGGUCAGCGGAGGAUGCGCUCGAGCACACUGGGGGUCACGCACAGCUGGGACUCUGCAGCUAUGGUCAGACCACUUCCUGUUGUUUGGGAUGGAGGAAUGUUGACGGCAUUUGUCAGCCUGUGUGCAGGAAGCCCUGUGUGAAGGGAAAAUGCGUGGGACCAGACAAGUGUUUAUGCUCCGCGGGGUACAAGGGGCUGCAGUGUGGUGAAGAUGUGAACGAGUGCGGUUGGCUGGACAGGCCUUGUUCCCAGCGCUGCAUGAACACAAACGGUAGCUAUCGCUGUUACUGUGAACCCGGAUACGCGCUCGCUGCAGAUGGAUACACCUGCAUCCGAGAAGCCGCAUGUUUCUCCCUGCGCUGCCAGUAUGGCUGCCAGAUGGAGAUGGGGGGAGCGGUGCGCUGUCUGUGUCCCCCCGGCCUCCACCUGGCUGCCGACGACAGGACCUGCGAAGAUGUGGAUGAGUGCCAGCCGGGCGCCGAUGUGUGUCCACCUCGACGGACCUGCAAGAACACUUUUGGGGGCUUCGUCUGCAUUUGCCGAGAUGGCUUUGUGAUGGGGACACUGCGGGGCUCAGUGGCAUGUCGAGAUAAGGAUGAAUGUUUAACCGGGUCUCACCGGUGCAGCCGCCACGCUCGCUGCGUCAACACAGAUGGCUCCUACACCUGUCAGUGUUUGGAGGACUACUCCGGCAACGGACGCACCUGCCGGCCCAGGAGAGCCCCGCAGUCCAAGGCUGCCAUGUACUUCAACUACAAGCUCUCCAAGCGGACCAGGUCCACGCAGCCCUCGUCUUAGCGCUGCUUCCUGCAACCUUCAAGGCUCAAAUUGAAAGAGACGUGCAACACUGACGGGUCACUUGAGGUUGAACAUAAAAAGAAAGAAAGAGAACGCUGUUAGCGUAGGUGAGAGUGUGUUUUCAACACUCUCGGAUUAUGCUAUUAUGCUUUACUGUUUAUAAUUUGGUGAGUUAUGUUGAGAAUUUCCAACUCAGCUGGGCAGCGUUUUGCCUUUUUUUGUGUUAAGGGUUGUUAUUUCUUUUCCUAGUCUGGCAGGCAGAAAUUUGGAAUAUCCCCCAGAAUGAUUGGUUGCCUGUUUGCAGUCAGUUAAAGAAACCCCACGUUUGAGAAAUGCUCUGCAGCCGGGACCACUCUGUCUGUGCUUUGCUUGAGCCUGCAGGGUCUUCCGUGCAGCAGUGUCACAUUAUAUAUAUAAAUAUACAAAUAUUACAUGUUGGAAUCUUAUUCAUGCUGCAGAAACAUUUUUAAUCUGCACCAUUGCUUUUAUUUAUUGCACCCUCCCUUUAAUUGUUGUGCAGUUUUGUGAGACUUUACAGUUUGUUAAUAAAAGGCUGACCUCUGGUGGAUAGAUAAGGGAAGCUACUGCAUGUGCACCACCUUCCCACUGAACUGUAAAGAAAGCGCCGUGAAAAGACGUGCACUAAUGUGAGUCCACCGUUGGGCCAUGUCUUACGGUUUUUCUUAAUUUGCCAUUAAAGCAUCUAAUCGAGCCACGAGCGUCGACCGUGCUGUGCUCAGCGUGGAGGCGCUCGAAGUGCUGCU